AUACGAAUUUUUUGUCACGAAUUGACAUUAUUUUUGACGUUUUAAAACUAUAUUUCUAAAUUGAUUCAUCUCAUUUUAAGUCCCUGCCAAUUUCAUCGUAAAGAUGGCCUCGUGUAUGCCAUGUGGUCCCCUCUUACAGACAAAUUCUCAUUCACCAUGUCCACCUCCGGGACCAAGCAAAUGCUGCAAUGUGUGUGUGCCAGUGCAAAUUUCGUCAGUUCCACCAGUAAGAAAAGUACCAAAAAGAUGCAAGUACAUCCAACCACCACGACCAAAAUCGUAUGCACCUUUAAGGAAAUUCAUACCACCGGAAUUGAAAAUGGAAGAUGGAACCAUUUACAGAAAAUCAUUUAUUCCAGUCGAAGGAGAAAAACCUGUUGUCAUCAUUCCAGAAAACAACUUAUGUGUUGGUGAAGGUAAGAUAUCAGACAAUACAGUAAACCGGAUGUCUUUCCAGCCACAUAAAGCUAAACCUGCAUGUCCCAUUUAUCCUUGCGAACACAAACUAUUAGGAACAGGACCAAUGCAAGAUAUCACUACCAACAAACACGACUACGUACCGAAACCGUCCGUAAAAACAGUUCCAAUCAAACCAUUUGCUAAUCUAUUUUCUUCGGAUUGUCCACUGAGUAAUAAAACAGUCAACAGACUAUCUUACAUGCCUCAAGAUUUGGAAAAGGCCAAAGUAGUGCCCGUUAGACCAAUUAAUGCAAUUCCUGCACCUUCUGGAAGAAUAAGUGACAAAACUGUACAAAAAAUGUCUUAUCAGCCUUGGAAGCCCCCUGCGCGUAUUGACAUGCCUUGGGCAGAAAAGCCUAAGUUUGUUCCACCAAAACUUCGAAUGGAGGAUAACACUAUCAACAGACUCAGCUAUGGACCGCCAGGUGAAUACAUUGAAUGCGAUGAUGAUGAUUCUUGUGUACCUUGUCCCCCUUCUUAUAACGUAGCCCCUCCCGUUUGUAUGGGCCCAGCUCAAUGUUGUAUGUCUUGCUGUUGUCCUAAAGCAGCUUGCUGAAACUUUGGAAAUUUUUUAUGUAAAAUGUCCCUUUUUUUUAAUAUUUACAAAUAUUUUACACUUAUAUAUUGAGUAUAUAUAUUUUCUCAAAAA